AAGAGGAGGGCUGAGGAUGCGGAAGCGGAGCGGAGUUCCGGGUGUGAGCGGGGCGGCGGGGCCGGGGGCGGCCGCGGCGGAGUCUAUGGUGGAGUCCAUGGCGGCGGAGGCGGUGCUCGCUCGCCAUGGAUGACCUGCGGCUCCAUUACCGCUUCCUGAGCUGGCGGCGGCGGAUCCGGGAGAUCCGGGAGGUUCGCGCCGUGCGGUACCAGGAGCGCGCCAAGCACGUGCUGGUGGACGGGGACACGCUCAGUUACCACGGGGACUCGGGGGAGGUCGGCUGCUACGUGGCACCGCGGCCACUGACACGGGACAACAACUACUUUGAGGUUUCCAUAGUGGACAGUGGGGUGCGCGGUGCCAUCGCGGUGGGGCUGGUGCCGCAGCACUACAGCCUGGAGCACCCCCCUGGCUGGCUGCCCGGCUCGGUGGCGUAUCACGCUGAUGACGGCAAGCUGUACAGUGGCCGCGCCAAGGGGCGGCAGUUCGGCACCAAGUGCAGCUCUGGUGAUCGCAUCGGCUGCGGCAUCGAGCGCGUCUCCUUCGAGGUGCAGACGGCUCAGGUCUUCUUCACCAAGAACGGGAAGAGGGUGGGCUGCUCGGCCAUGCCGCUGUCCCCCGAGGGGCUGUUCCCGGCCGUGGGGCUGCACUCGCUGGGGGAGGAGGUUCGGCUGCACCUCCGCGCUGCGCUGGAGGAUGACAGUGCCAUGAUGGUGGACAGCCACGAGGAGGAGUGGGGCCGCCUGCACGACGUGCGCGCCUGCGGCACGCUGCUGGAGUACGUAGGUAAGGGGAAGAGCAUCGUGGAUGUGGGGCUGGCGCAGGCGCGGCGCCCACUCAGCACCCGCAGCCAUUACUUCGAGGUGGAGAUCGUGGACCCGGGUGAGAAGUGCUACAUUGCGCUGGGGCUGGCGCGCAAGGAUUACCCCAAGAACCGCCAUCCUGGCUGGAGCAGGGGGUCGGUGGCAUACCAUGCGGAUGAUGGGAAGAUCUUCCAUGGCAGUGGGGUGGGGGACCCGUUCGGCCCUCGCUGCUACAAAGGGGACACGAUGGGCUGUGGCAUCAUGUUCCCCCGCGACUACAGCCUGGACAGUGAAGGGGACAGUGAUGAGCCGUGUGACACAGCACUGCCCGCCAGGCGUCUGCGCAACUUCACCUACGUGUCCCCUGAGGACGAGGAGGAGGAAGAGGAGGAGGAGGAGGAAGAAGAUGAGGGGGGGGGCACGGAGCAGGAGCGCAGCGGCACCAAAGUGGUGGUGUUCUUCACACGCAACGGGCAGAUCAUCGGCAAGAAGGAGGCGCGGGUGCCGCCGGGGGGGUACUUCCCCACCGUGGGGAUGCUGAGCAGUGGUGAGAAGGUGAAGGUGGACCUGCACCCCCUCAGUGGGUAAGGGGGGGUUAGGGGGGGUCCCCCCACCCCUCACGCACUUUAACAUCCCCCCUCCCCCCCCAGCAUGUUGGGAUGCCCCCCCCAUGUUGGCUGGGUUCCCUGUUCUGCCUCUCCCCCACCUGCCUGCUACCCCAGCCCCUUGGGGAGGGGGGCACGUUAUUCUGCCCUCAGCCCCCCCCACUGUUACUGUCCCUGUUCUGCUGAAUGUAAAACACCUGGAAGGUGGGAGGAGGGGGGGGUGUCUCCCCAUGGAGAUGGGAGACUGCCCCCCCC